GCCCACUACAUUGGGGUUCGACAAGCAUUAGCUCUUCCAUAAAAUCCUGAACACACACAGGCCUACAUUCGACACGUCAAAUCACCAAGAAAGCGCGUUUUUGACUCUGUCUGCGCUGUGAAUAGCACGACAUAUCAACGAGUUCACUCCGCCAUGCAUGAUUGCAUAAGGAUACCGGAGCUGCUUACGCAAGUUUGUUACCAUGCAAACGAUCCAGACUCGAACAACGCAUCCGACCUUGUCGCGCUCGCGAUGACGUGUAAAGCCUUCAAAGAUCCAGCCCUCGACGUGCUCUACUACGAGCUUCACUAUACUGCUCAUCUGUUCAUGUGCCUUCCUCGGGACUUGUGGACGCUCAGGAAGGAUGAGGGCCCGAAUGCUGCUGCUGCUUCGACUCUCUUUUUCAGUCGCGCGAUGGUUCACGCUGACUGGCUCAUCCUACAAACCUAUAGGCAGCGGGUGCGGAUCGUUCACCUCAAUACAGCCUCAAAGUUCAUCUCCGUCGACUCGGAGGCCCUUAGCGCAGUGCGCUCCUUCAGUGGCGACAACCUUCUUCCGAACUUGCGAGAUUACCGUGUCUUCAAUUCGAAGUGGAGGUUCGUCGACCGCGUUCCUUUAUUGCGCGGCAUAAUGCAUUUCCCGGAGCUUUUCUUCGGGCCGACUCUCACGACUCUCAGCCUUGACUGGCUGGAGUCAACAUCACUCCACACACUAAAUGCUUUGAGUCGCACCAGCCCACUUAUUGAGAAGCUGUCUUUUACCCUUUACAAAUCGGUCGGGGACCAGCUGCUGGAGAAGAAGCUGUUAGAAGCCCUAGAGAAUGUUACACGGAGCCUGAAGAAGAUCCGGAUUUUCCAAGCCAACUUCGUACACUUUGAGUCUCCUGUACCAUUCAUUCCCGUCCUCGCUAUGCUUGCAACCCUUCCUUCUCUACAGUAUCUCAACAUACGAUGUCGUAACCUCUCCCUUUCCUUUCCCUCAGCUUCCGUCGACCGCGGUACAAAUCUGUUUCCGCAGCUCACACGUCUCCGGCUAGCGGGAAACGCAUGCCAGAUUGCACACCUCAUGUCCUCGUUGCAUGCUCCCAGCCUAGAAGUGGUCGUCUUGUGCUUUGAGCAAUGCGAAGGAGACAAUGCUAUACCCCAGACCAUUGCCUACAUGGCUAAUUGGAUCUCCAAUUCUGCGUUUCCGAUUCGGGGUGUUAAGCUGCAGUUUCCGGAGCAAUAUCCCCCGAACUUGGCUGCUUUCAAACAUCUUCGCCCGUUGUUCAGGUUUCCGACCAUUCAGCACUUUCGUUUGGUAUGCUUCCCACACCCUGCAUUCGAUGAUGAUCAGAUCGACGAGCUCUCAGGAGCGUUCUCCGAUUUAAGGACUCUGUCGCUCCUCUGGAGUAGCAACAAGUAUCACAGUGGCCUCGACACCAGAGUCACGCUUAUGGGGCUCGUCUCGCUACUCCGUAAUUGUCCCAAACUCGCGGAGCUUGGCUUGACAGUUGACGUAACCGAAGAAGACACUCCUCAUAGCCGAUCCGAUAUCGGGACGUCUGCCGCUAAUGUUUGUCAGACCUCGCUCACCAAAUGGGAAGUCUUCGACUCGUUCAUUAUGGAAAACGAUAUUCAGUAUGUUUCUCGUGUCUUGGCGUGCACAGCCCCGCACCUUUCAGAGGUUGUAUACACAGCAGCUGAAGCAAGCACAUGGCCCCAUAGUGUGGUUGAGGAAGACGCCGAGAUUUGGAGACAAGUUAACGAGCGGCUCGAGUGCUGUAUGGAGGCACGCAAACAUUAUGUUCGGCAUGUCUACGGUGCCUGA